AUGGCUCCCAAUUCCAACCGCAAAAGUAUAAUACCACCGCAAGUCAAGUGUGCGUUUAAACCCCGGAAGCCUCGGAUGCGUGUUAUCAAGAAAUUUAAGGUUUUUCGCUUCACAAACCUCCCUGAAGAAGAAGAAUCUCAACAGUUUUCUUCUUCUGGUUCUGAAGUUAAGAGUUGCAUCGGCACUCCUCAACAUGAUGACCCUUUUGAGUACGCUCAUUCUCCUGAUCAUUCAGGUUAUGUAACUUGCGAGCCCGGAUGCUGUGAACUUGAUGACGAUGCUGUUUCAAAUCUCCCAGAAUCACAGGGAGGAUAUGAGCACCACGAAACCUGUCAACUUGGUGAUGAUAAUGGUGAAGAUUACGAGCGCAAAACCAGUCAACUUGAUGAUAAUGAUGAUAUCCUCUUUCACUCUGAUGAUGAUUUAGAGGAUGCUGACUGUCAACCUGAAUACCAUGUAACUUGCGAGCCCGAAAGCUGUGAGCUGGAUGAUGAUGCUGUUUCAAAUCUCCAAGAAUCACAAGAAGGAUAUGAGCACCACGAAACCUGUCAACUUGGUUAUGAUCAUGAUGAAGAUUACGAGUGCGAAAGCAGUCAACUUGAUGAUAUCGUCUGUCACUCUGAUGAUGAUUUAGAGGAUGCUGACUGUCAACCUGAAUACCAUGAAGUAGUUCGUACAGAAACAGAAGACGAUUAUGAAGAACCUUAUUCUCCAGAACCGGAAGAAAAAUCUGCCGACUUUUAUGGUUCUAAAGUCAAGCCUUUCUCAAGUCCUUGUAAUGAUGAUGAUGAUGAUGAUACCUCUGAUGCUGCUGUUGAUUCAACCUGCGAUUCAACUUCUUCUCAUGAAAGUGAACUUGAAUGCAGGACUUGUACCCCACAUAGCCAUGAUUAUGGAAGCCUUCAACUUGACGCUGGAGAUGAUUCAUUCUGCCCAGUGAGUAGGCCAGAGCCAUUAUCUCCCCCGAGAUCUGAAGAGUAUUUCGACUGCAAGUUGUGUGUGAAGAUGGCAAGAGAGCCCGUGGUGACUCCAUGUGGUCAUUUGUUUUGCGGGGAUUGCUUGGACAAAUGGCUGCACUUCUUCACUUCUGAGAUGCAGUGCCCUGUUUGUAGGAGCAAGGUGCUUGAUUCCUCCAUCAUUCCGAUCAGCCCGCCACCAUGGUGGCAACAGAGACCUUGA